UCCGCUCAGAGCCAGGCUACCAUGGACACCCUGGUCCGACUCCUGCAGCUGCUGGUGCUGCUCCUGACCCUGCCCCUGCACCUCAUGGCUCUGCUCGGCUUCUGGGAGCCCCUGUGCAAGACCUAUUUCCCCUACCUGAUGGCCAUGCUGACAGUCAAGUGCAACCGCAAGAUGGACGGCAAGAAACAGGAGCUCUUCAGCCAGAUAAAGGGGCUGGCAGGAGCCUCGGGGAAGGUGGCCCUGCUGGAGCUGGGCUGUGGCACUGGCGCCAACUUCCAGUUCUACCCAUCUGGCUGCAGGAUCACCUGCCUGGACCCGAACCCCCACUUUGAGAAGUUCCUGACAAAGAGUAUGGCCAAGAAUAGGCAUCUUGAAUACGAACGGUUUGUGGUGGCUUUCGGAGAGGACAUGAGACAGCUGGCCAAUGGCUCUAUGGACGUGGUGGUCAGCACCUUGGUGCUGUGCUCGGUGCAGAGCCCAAAGAGGGUCCUGCAGGAAGUUCGGAGAGUACUGAGGCCGGGAGGAAUGUUUUUUUUCUGGGAGCACGUGGCUGAGCCGCGUGGAAGCUGGGCCUUCCUGUGGCAGCAGGUUUUAGAGCCCACCUGGAAACACAUUGGGGACGGCUGCUGCCUUACCAGAGAGACCUGGAAAGAUCUGGAGAAUGCCCAGUUCUCUGAACUCCAGAUGGAACGACAACCCCCUCCCAUCAAGUGGUUACCUGUUGGCCCCCAUAUCAUGGGAAAGGCGGUGAAAUAAGCCCCUCCUUCUCCCACCUCUGCGGGGGAACCUCUAACUUCAACCCUUCCUUGUGCAGUGAAAAAGCUCUAUUCCCAUCCUGACUACGGGGAGAAAACAGUUAUACCC